AUGGAGCAAUCUCAUUAAAUAUUUGUUGUGAGAGUAAAUUUUUUAAUUUCAUCUACUAAACCUCUAAUUGUUUAUUGCCAAAACAAUGAAUUUAUCUUUAUGAAAUGUAAAUUCGGAACAAAAUCUAUCACUUACUCUAUAUUAUCAGUGAAAUCUAAACUCUUUGAAGAUUCGAGAGUUUUCGAAAUGUUUACAGCUGAUUUUUCUGUUUAAGAUAAACACUCAAUAUAUUUAGAAGAAAUAUACCCUUUUACUAAUAUUUAUAAAUAAUAAGAGGUAGGAUAUGACUCCAUUUAAAAAAAGUUUUUGAAAGAGUCUCUGCUAAUAAUUUCUUAACAAUUUGUAGAUAAGGUAUCAAGCUUUCAGUAAAAUUCUUUUACAUUUCCUAAAAACUAAACUCAAUAAGUAGAUGUAGUUGGCUUAUUUAAAAGCAAAGAUUAGAACCAUCAAGUAUAUUUAAAUUCUAACUUUAUUGAAAUUAUCAUUAAUGAAAAUCUCAAAGAUAAAGCAGCAUAUAAAUAUGUAUCCACUGGUUGUGUUUGA